GUAUUUUUCUAUCAUCAUCUGAGGACAGUUGAAUUCAGAAUUAUAAUUUUGUUGGAUUUCCUUCUUCUAAUAGAUGACGAGGAAAAAGAUGAAGUAAGUGAUUUGCCUACAUUCCGCGAGUUUACUCUUGAACAGCUGAGAAUAGCUACUUCUGGAUUUGCCGUAGAGAAUAUAGUUUCCGAACACGGUGAAAAAGCUCCAAAUGUUGUUUAUAAGGGAAAGUUAGAGAACCAGAGGAGGGUUGCUGUCAAACGCUUUAAUAGAUCUGCAUGGCCUGAUUCCCGACAGUUCUUAGAAGAAGCAAGAUCGGUUGGUUCUCUCCGCAACAACAGGUUAGCAAAUCUUCUUGGUUGUUGUUGCGAGGGUGAUGAGAGGUUGCUUGUGGCAGAAUUUAUGCCCAAUGAGACACUUGCAAAACAUCUUUUUCACUGGGAGACACAACCCAUGAAAUGGGCAAUGCGCUUAAGGGUGGCUUUGUAUCUUGGACAGGCUCUUGAGUAUUGUACAAGCAAAGGGCGUGCACUCUAUCACGAUCUUAAUGCUUAUAGAAUAUUAUUUGAUGAAGAAGGUGAUCCCCGUCUCUCUUGCUUUGGUUUGAUGAAGAACAGUCGAGAUGGAAAAAGUUACAGCACGAACUUGGCAUUUACUCCUCCUGAAUAUUUAAGGACGGGGAGAAUCACCCCGGAGAGUGUCAUGUACAGCUUUGGGACACUGUUGCUUGACCUUCUCAGUGGAAAACAUAUUCCUCCAAGCCAUGCCCUUGAUUUGAUUAAAGACCGGAAUCUUCAGAUGUUAACUGAUUCUUGCUUGGAAGGCCAAUUUUCUUCUGAUGAUGGAACUGAAUUGGUACGGAUAGCUUCAAGAUGUCUGCAAUAUGAGCCACGUGAGCGGCCAAAUCCAAAGUCACUAGUCGCUGCUUUAUUUCCUCUUCAGAAA